ACUGCGGCGCAUGCGCAGUGACGUCCGGGCUCCAGUUGAACAAGAUGGCGGGACAUUCAAAGUGCGCUUCAGCAACGGCGUUCCGACGUGUUCGACGUGACUGUAAAACGUCAAACGUCCGCAUGGACUGUCACGUUCGAGUGUAGUCGCCCAUGUUGUCGAGCACGUUAGCGUUAGCAGCCCGUCUGGGGCCAUGAAGGGACACGAACCGGCUCCGUCUCCGAAUGCGAACCGACGCCGCCUGAGCCGAAGCUUCAAACUCACCCAGCAGACGCAAACCUCCUCGGAAAACUCGGAGACCUGCACCAGGCCAAUUUCUGUCUUUAAGACCCCGACCAGGCCCACCUCGUCCAGAGUUUCCGGAGCUUUCAGCGGCGAGUCCCCCCACGAGUCGGACGCGCAUCAUGACAUCAUCUGGGACGCCACGUCGCCCUCGCCCCAGCGGCUCGGCAAACGGGCGAAGAAACGCGCGCCGGGCGUCGUGAACAUCUCCGACAUCGUCAGCAGGAUUGCGCCCGAGCACGGGAGGCCCAAAGUGUCCGAGCCUGCUUUGCAGCAGUGGAUCGGCGACAGCGCCGCCAUCCCGUGCACACCCGACGUUCAGGUGCCCAAAAGCAGGAGGAAGUCGCCCAGAUCCAACGGCGUCGACGACCUGCUGAAGUUGGCCAAGGAGUUUGACCUCAACUUGUUUCGUCAUGACGACGAGGAAGCGGAACAGAACCCUGUACCCGUGCGUGUGCUGUCCAAGGAAGGUGUUCAGAGCCUGGUGUCGUCCCCUCAACCCACAGACGAUGAUCUGAACUUCCUGUUUGAUGAAUCCACUCAGCAUGCGAGCACAGCCCUGAGUUCGUUCACGCCGGCUGAGAAAUCUCCCGUGACGACUUGCCGUGACCCCCCGCCGGCGGCGACAAGCACGGACCUCUUGGACGACUGGGAGGGGGACGACCUGCUCUACGACUCGUUACUCUCUGAGAUGACACAAAACCCCGAGAACUUCUGCGGGCCCAAACACAGUUCCACGCAGAAAACUUCCUGCCAGGCGGUGUUGCCGCCACCUCCUACGCCUUUGGGUGUCGGCCAUUCGGGAGGGAGCAAAACCCGGGAGGAAGCCGGAACAACUUGUUCUGAUGUUCGUCUUCCGGGAAGCUCCCCCGACGUCCGAGGCUCUUUGAUCUCCAAAGCAGCGGGAAAAGAUUUGCCGAACUCUCGUGGAUUAUUUUCUGCUAUUUCCAUAGCAACAAAGAAAGGCUCCACGGGAGGCGCCACCCACAAGCAGGUUCCCGCCGCGGCGGACUUCCCGGACGAUGACCUGGACGCCAUAUUCGCGUCGGAACCGCUAUGGGACGACUCAGAUGACGACGAGAUGCUACGUGAUUUUUGCGAGGACAUGGAAAGUCAGAUUGGCCAGAACGCUAGCAGCCACACGGCCGGACGCUACGGCGCAACUGGGAAAGGUUCUUCCGGAAGCUCUGCGGGGCAGCGGACGGUCGCUGCGCCGACCGCGGCAGCAUCCUCACUUCCGCAGCGAGAAAACGUGCAGCGGUUUACCUUUAAGAGGACCGGCAACCUUGUUUCCAUGGUGACCAACAAGCCUGGUUCCAUGGCAAGCAAUCAUCCUGUUUCCAUGGUGACCCAAAAGACUGAUUUCAUGACAACCAAUCAACCUGUUUCCAUGGCAACGAAUCUCGAUUCUAUGGUGACAGACUCUGCUGUUUCCAUGGGGACCAGCAGGCCUGUUUCUGAGGUGAAAAGCAAAGCGGUCGUCAAAUGUUCUGCGCUGGAGAUCGAGCGGAAGAAGCAGCAGGCCAUGGAGCGCCGCCGCCGUCGCUUGCGGGAAGUCCAGAACAUCGAAUGCGCCCCCCAGAAAUGACUCCUUACUUUUAUUUUUGGUUUCUUUUAACAUUAAACAAGAUUUUUGUCCUGGUCAUUUUGUCACAGAACAAAAUGGUGUGGAAAAUCCUCACAAAAUAUUUGGAAAAUAAACUUGUGACUUCA